AUGGGCAGCGACUCCGAUAGCGACUUGGCUGUCCAAAGGCCACCGAAGCAAGCUCAACGAAAGCCCGCUGAUGGUUCUGACAGCGACUUGGCUGUGCAGCGGCGGCCGCCCAAGAAAAAGGAGAGCAAGCCGGUCGAUGCAGGUUCCGACAGCGACUUGGCUGUCGAAAGACCCUCUAAGCAGAAGAAGGGCAAGACGGCUGACGCGGGCUCCGAUAGCGACCUGGCUGUCGCAAGACCCUCCAAGCACAAGAGGGGCAAGACUGCUGACGCAGGCUCCGACAGCGACUUGGCCGUCGAAAGGCCCUCCAAGCAGAAGAAGGGCAAGCCGGUCGAUGCAGGCUCUGACAGCGACCUGGCCGUCGAAAGGCUCUCCAAGCAGAAGAAGGGCAAGCCGGUCGAUGCAGGCUCUGACAGCGACCUGGCCGUCGACAGGCCAGCCAAGCACAGGAAGAGCAAGAUACCCGACAUGGCCGUCCAGAAGCAAGCCAAGCACAAGAAAGGCAAGCAGGCAGAUCCCGGCUCAGACAGCGACUUGGCCGUCGACAGGCCGAGCAAGCGCAAGAAGCAAGCCGAGGGAAUGGGCAAGCCAGAAAAGUCAGAGAAGUCCAAGAUUAAGGAGAUGAAAGACUCCGAUCACUCCGAUAUCGAGCCGGUUCAGAGACGAGGGGCUUCGGUGGCCCCGAAACCAGGUCAGCGCAGAGAGGAUGAUGUUCUACCCUCACGGAUGGUCGAUCCGAGCAGAAGUCGAGAUGCAGGACCUGGUGGCUUUGGCUUCGGUCCCGAUCCCGGCAAGGGGGCUCCGGAUGGCCCCAAGGGGAAAGGGAAGGGAAAAGGAAAGGAGGAUGGAAACGAACAGCCCAAAGAGCAACCCAAUUUUGAGCCCUCUGGCCUGCUCGCGCUUGAGGAUAACGCCAAGAACGGAAUUCCGUUGAAGUUCACGGUGCCUGCAGAGGUCAGGCUGCCAAGGACGAAGUGGCGCCUCUACAUUUUCACCAAAGCCAACGAGGCACCGAAGAUCAUUCCGAUCCACAAGGAGGUGGGCUACCUCUUUGGCAAGGACCGGCGCGUGGCGGAAGUGCCAACUGACCAUCCCACUUGCAGCAAACAGCAUGCAAUCCUGCACUACAGGCAAACAAAGGGUGGCUUGGUGAAGCCUUACAUCAUGGAUCUAGAGAGUGUCAACGGGACAUUCGUGAAUGGAGAUCGAAUAGAAGCAUCGCGCUACUAUGAGCUGAAGGAGAAGGACGUCCUGAAGUUUGGCAUGAGCACCCGAGAAUUUGUGCUGUUGCACGGCGGCUCUGCAAACCAUAUGUCCAUCGAUCCUAAAGAUUUGAGGUCGCCUUCCGAAGGCUAA